UGUUUUUGUUUGAUUAGUUCUCUCGUGGAAUUUGACAGCGUUGGUUGUGUUGUGGGUGAUAGUCGAAGAGUCGAGGCGCUAAAAUUAAUUGUCAAAAUUAGUAAUAGUUAACAGAAGUGAGUAAAUUAAUGAAAGAAAGUUGCCAAGUUUUGUUUGAUUGAAUUUGUUUAUAAACGCGUACGCCACUCGUACCGCCCGCCGCAGUUCUUUGCUUCCACAUCGAGUGCCGUGUCUUGUGCAUUGUGCAUUGUGCGUGCUGUGUGUCAAAUCUAAAAAUCAAAACAAAAAUUAAAAACAAAAAAAAAUCAAAACGAAUUUUUGACAAUAUUUUUGCUUGCGGGUUUUGUUGUACGUUCGUUGGUCAACCAUGGAUUCCGUUAGUGCGAAUUUCGAAGAGCUGCGUCAGAACGAAAUCACUGCUGUACCUCGCUAUGGACUCAAAUUAAAAUUCGAUCACGUUUGGCCGGAGAAGCGCAAUCAGAACAUUCGACCAUCCAUGAAACAAACUUGGCCACUUAUGCCGCUGGUCUGGAGAUAUGCGGCCUAUUAUUGGAAAGUAUCGCGUGAAGGCCGUCGUGUCUAUAUGGAUUAUUAUUACAUGGAGAAUGGUAAACAGAUAUAUGGCGUACCAUUGGGUGGCAUUGGUGGUGGCACAAUCGGUCGUGGUUAUGGCGGUGAAUUUUGUCGCUUUCAAAUGCGUCCUGGCAUUUAUGAAUACAAUGUGGUGCAAGCAAAUCAAUUUAUUGUGACUAUUAAAGAUGGCAAAGGAUCUACAAUAUUUCAAAGUUUGUUAUCAAGGUGCAGUUCUAAUCCUCACAUCACAACCACCUCAUAUUCUAAAACUAAUAUGGGCAUUUGCAGUAGUCGCGCUAAACAGCCGCUUAGUUCAUGGCAUUUCAACAUCGACGAAUCAAAAUGUUCAUAUACGGGCCUAUAUCCACGUUCGUGGACCGAAUAUGACCUUUCAGAAUAUGGCAUACGUUUAAUAUGUCGUCAGAUCUCACCAGUUAUACCGCAUGAUUAUAAAGAGUCAAGCUUACCGUGCGCAGUAUUCGUAUGGUCAGUUGAGAAUGUCUGUGGUGAAGAUCGCAAGGUCUCUAUUACGUUCACUUUUAAAAAUGGUACUGGAAAUAAAAAACAAGACGCUGAUGGUGGUGCUGAUGCCAUACUUAUCUCAGAAGGCAAUGCUAAAGGUGUGGCUAUACGUCAAAAAAUUGGCGAUAUGCCGUGUGCUUAUAAUUUGGCAUGUCGAGUUUUACCUGAAAUCAGUAUUACGCGCUGUACUCAAUUCGAUCCAUUGGGUAGCGGAGAACAACUCUGGUCAGAGUUGAAAGAGCACGGACAUCUAAAUGAGAAACAUUUAGAUGAGACAUUAAAAUCUAAGGAACUUGCUGUUGCUCUCUGUGCACAAGUAACUCUUAAACCGAAUGCUAGUCAUGAUUUGGAAUUUGUGUUGGCUUGGGAUAUGCCAAAAAUUCAUUUUCCAAAAAAACUUAUUAUGCAUACUCGUUAUUACACCAAAUAUUUUGAUGAUUCCGGUGAGGCUGGUCCUAAAAUUUGCGAUUAUGCACUUAAAUAUUACUCCAGUUGGGAGAAAUUAAUUGAUGCGUGGCAGCAUCCGAUACUAGAAGAUGAAGGAUUACCAGAAUGGUAUAAAUGUGCAAUAUUCAAUCAGUUAUAUUUUAUAUCUGACGGCGGGACAAUUUGGUUGCAGUGCAAGUCAUCUUUGGGUCAGGAAUUAUCGUAUGAUGAUCCCAGGCUUGCUUAUGGACGCUUUGGCUAUUUAGAGGGUCAUGAAUAUCGGAUGUAUAACACAUACGAUGUACAUUUUUAUGCAUCAGCAGCUUUAGCGCAUCUUUGGCCAAAUUUACAGGUAAGCUUGCAAUAUGAUUUUAAGGAUGCCAUUGCUGCUGAUCUUUCUGACACACGUAAAAUGCUGUACGAUGGCAAAGUUUUACCACGGAAAGUUAAAAAUUGUGUGCCACAUGAUUUGGGUGAUCCGGAUGAGGAACCAUUUACGCUUAUCAACUGUUAUAACAUACAUGAUGUCAACGAAUGGAAGGACUUGAAUACUAAAUUUAUAUUACAAGUUUACAGAGACUACUAUGUACUUAGCGAAAUUGCACAAUCUCAGGCUGAUAAUGCCAGUAAAUUUAGUUCCAUUGAAUUUAUAGAUAAGGAUAGCUUAUACGAAAUGUACGCACAAGAUAAUAAACGUAAAAAUUCGGCUGAAGAAAAGCAACAAAAUCGUAAGUCCGCUUCAAUGUAUAUCAACGAAACAAAUGGCAAAGUUUAUUUAAUGGAUGCACUAACCUACUUAAAAGCCAUGUAUCCUGCUUGUAAGGCUAUACUUGAACGCACAAUAGAAUACGAUAAAGAUAAUGAUGGACUCAUUGAAAACACAAAAAUGCCAGAUCAAACAUAUGAUACAUGGACCAUGGAAGGCCCCAGUGCCUAUUGUGCAGGGCUAUGGUUAGCUUCACUGCAGACUAUGUGUAGUAUGGCGAAUAUAUUAGAUCAACCUAAUGACUUUUUGCGUUUUCAAGAAAUCUUAGAUAAAGGCAAACGGUCUUUCGAUGAGAAACUAUGGAACGGCAGUUUUUAUCGAUUUGACACAUCUGAUCAUCAUAAGCAUACCAUCAUGGCAGAUCAAUUAUGCGGCCAUUGGUAUUUGAAAACAUGUGGAUUUGAUUAUGAUAUUUAUCCAAAAGAAAAUGUACGUUCAGCUUUGAAACGUAUUUACCAAAAUAACGUGCUGGGCUUCCAUGGUGGUAAUAUUGGUGCUGCUAAUGGUUUCAUUGCCAAUGAGGAUGCCGAAAAGCCAGGCUACGUUGACACUACUACAUUGCAGAGUGAAGAAGUUUGGCCCGGUGUUACAUAUGCUUUAGCUGCUACUAUGAUACAAGAGGGUAUGUUCGAAGAGGCUUUUCAAACAGCAGGCGGUCUAUAUAAGACUCUAUCAGAACGUAUUGGCAUGAAUUUUGAAACACCUGAAGCAAUUUAUGGUGAGAAACGGUAUCGUUCAAUUGGUUAUAUGCGACCAUUAAGUAUUUGGUCUAUGCAAGUGGCAUGGGAGAGACGCAAAGCUUUACGAGAUUAAACACAUAAUAUAAUAAAUCAAUAUAUGUAAUCAA